UUAGCUUUAUAUCUCAGAGUUCCCAGACAGUUCCUGGAUGAGACAGUGUCCCUCCUGCUUGCAUUUCAGAUGGAGAAGAGAGUGGUUCUGAUUACAGGAUGCUCCUCAGGAAUUGGCCUGGGUCUAGCUGUGCUUCUUGCCUCGGACUCUCGGCAAAGAUUUAAAGUUUAUGCUACCAUGCGGGACCUUUCUAAUAAAGAACAUCUGCUAGAGUGCGUACGCGACUGCCAUGUAGACACUUUUGAUAUCCUGCAGAUGGAUGUCACAGACCAACAAUCUGUGCUGGCCACAAUUGAGAAGAUAAAGGAGCAGAGGGUAGACAUUCUAGUGUGUAACGCUGGUAUUGGUUUGAUGGGGCCCCUGGAAUGUCACACCUAUGACACCAUGAAAAAAGUCUUUGAUGUCAACUUAUUUGGGACAAUUAGCACCAUCCAAGCUUUCCUGCCUGGGAUGAAGCAGAGGAGAUCUGGACGGAUAAUCAUUUCUAGCAGUGUGGGAGGGCUACAAGGUGUCCCAUUUAAUGAUGUGUAUUGUGCCAGUAAGUUUGCAGUUGAAGGGUUCUGUGAGAGCUUGGCUAUCGUUCUGCACCAUUUUAAUGUACAUGUGAGCCUCAUUGAGUGUGGUCCUGUCAAUACCAAUUUUAUGAACAACCUGCAUGUGAGUGACAACAAUGACAGCCAGCUUGAGGGAGUGGACAAUGAGACCCAAUCCUUGUAUGCCCAAUACCUGCAGCAUUGUCAGACCAUCUUCCAAGACGUGGCUCAGGACACAGAUGAAAUCUUGCAGGUUUUCCUUGAAGCAAUAGAAGCUCAUGUGCCAUCACUACGAUACUUCACCACCCAGUUCUUCAUGCCACUGAUAAAGCUGAAGUUAUCAAGUGCAAAUGGAUCAGCAUAUGUCCACGCCAUGCAUAAGUUUGUGUUUUCUGGAUCAAAGCCAAAGGAGGAACCUCGAUAAAUGACAGAGCUUGACCGUGGCUAUUCUUGUAACAUUAUGACCGUCUGUAUUUUGGGCACAACCACAUAUUCUGAUAAACACAAAAAAUAUA